CAGACUUUAUUUAUUUGGGCUCCAAAAUCACUGCAGAUGCCACCUGUUCACCGCAACGAGUGGCAUGAUGCAGUCAGCAAGAAGACUCUCCCAGCAGUCAGUCCUGCCACAGCGGAGGUCAUCGGCCACGUGGCUGAAGGGGACUGGGCUGACGUGGAUCUGGCAGUGAAGGCAGCCUGUGCAGCCUUCCGACUGGGGUCUCCAUGGCGCCGGAUGGAUGCCUCGGAGCGAGACCAGCUGCUGAACUGCCUGGCGGACCUAGUUGAGAGGGGUCGUGUCUACUUGGUCUCACUGAAGACCCUGGACAAUGGGAAGCCUUUCCAAGAGUCUUAUGUCUUGGACCUGGAUGGGGUCAUCAAGGUGUACCAGUACUUUGUUGGCUGGGCUGAGAAGUGGCACAGCAAGACCAUCCCCAUGGAUGGCGAGCAUUUCUGCUUCACCCGGCACGAGCCUGUUGGGUGUGGCCAGAUAAUCCCAUGGAACUUCCCUUUGGUCAUGCAGGGCUGGAAGCUCACCCCGGCACUUGCCACAGGCAACACUGUGGUCAUGAAGGUGGCAGAGCAGACACUUUCUGCCCUGUAUUUGGCCUCCCUCAUCAAGGAGGCGGGCUUUCCCCCCGGGGUGGUGAACAUCAUCACAGGCUAUGGCCCAACAGCAGGAGCAGCCAUCGCCCAUCACAUGGAUAUCGACAGAGUUGCCUUCACUGGCUCCACCGAGGUGGGCCACCUGAUCCGGAAGGCAGCCGGUGAUUCCAACCUCUAGAGAGUCACCCUGGAGCUGGGCAGGAAGAGCCCGAGCGUCGUGUUGGCUGAUGCCGACAUGGACCAUGCCGUGGGGCAGGGCCACGAGGCCCUAUUCUUCAACAUGGGCCAGCGCUGCGGUGCAGGUUCCCGGACCUUCAUUGAAGAAUCCAUCUAUGAUGAGUUUCUGGAGAGAACCAUGGAGAAAGCUAAGCAGAGGAGAGUCGGUAACCCAUUUGAGCUGGACACCCAACAGGGGCCCCAGGUGGACAGGGAACAGUUUGAACGAAUCCUGAGCUAUAUCCAGCUUGGCCAGAAGGAGGGGGCAAAACUUCUCUGUGGUGGGGAGCGUUUCAGAGAACAAGGUUUCUUCAUCAACACCGUCUUUGGUGGUGUGCAAGAUGACAGGAGGAUCUCCAGGGAGGAGACCUUCAGGCCUGUGCAGCCACUGUUUAAGUUAAAGAAGACCGAGGAGGUGACUGAGAGGGCCAACAGCACCAGGUAUGGCUCGGCUGCUGCCGUGUUUACCCAGGAUCUGGACAAAGCCAUGUACUUCACGCAGGCACUCCAAGCUGGAACAGUGUGGGUAAACACCUACAACAUUGUCACCUGCCUCACGCCAUUCGGAGGGUUUAAGGAAUCUGGCAACGGGGGCGGGGAGCUGAGGGAAGAUGGGCUUAAGGCCUACACAGAGGUGAAGAUGGUCACCAUCCAGGUUCCUCAGAAGAACUCAGAAGAACAGCUACCAGGGAGACCCUGGAAUUUCAGACCUGAGAGUUCAACCUCCAGCAUGUCUGAGCUCGCUCCCUGCAUCCUCACCACCAGGCACACAGCCCUCAGUAGCCCCUACCGAGUGGGCGGUGCACACCCGUUCCCACAUGGGGCCUUCAGGGCGGCGGCCCAGGGCAGUGAUGCUGGCCUCCCGGAUGAGGAGAUGAAGGCCUCUACAGUAGAGGGAAGCACCCCAGACCCACAGACCAUGGCAGGGCUUGACCUUGGUUCUGGGUCUUUCAGCGUCAAAGCUAAUGCCUGUUCUUCCUGA